AUGGACGCUUAUAGGCAUCAAAUCGAGCUCGUGCUAACCAAAGUGACACUUCAAGCACCUUCAGGCUUCCAAGCCCCUCUACGACUACCCGAUUCCACUCACGCGGUACGCUCCAAAUUGGCAAUCUUAGUCUAUAGCAGUAUGGUGUUGAAUAGGAGUGGUGCUCGCACAGUUCCUCCAUCUACUAUGCUAAGCAUUCUGGUGUGGUAUACUUUUGCAUUUUCUGCUUUGUUUUACGCUAUUCUCCAUUCCAGAUUAUUCAAGUUAUUUUCAGUGCCAUCUCAUCUACGCCAUCUUCCCCAUGUGCCUGCUCUUCCUCUACUGUGGAGUUAUAUUCGUCGAGAACCCGAAGAUGUUCGGAUGAAGCGUUUUCUUUUACCUCUUGUCAACGAGUCCUCUGAGUCCUCUGAGGGCAUUGCGCUCAUGUGGGCUUUUGGUGGUUGGGUAGUCCACAUUCUUGAUCCCCAGCUCUAUGCCCAAGUGAAGGGACUGACCACAAAGCACUUUUCUACAAAGGACCUCCCCAUAUUUCGUUUCACGGGCUUGUCAAAUAUUGUUACAACAAAUGGUGAAGAAUGGAAGAAGCACUCUCGGGUUAUCAUUGAGGCUUUCACCUCACCUAUCCCCGUCGAUCUAUUUGUUUCCCUCGCUAAAGCUCUCUAUGAAGUCAUAGACCAGGCACCCACAAUUAACACGGAGGAUCACCACGUCAACUGGUCCGACCUUGCACAGCGAUUUUCUCUGGACGCUGUGAGUUACUCCAUCCUUGGAUUUGAUUUCGACGCCAUCCGUACGGAGUCUCAAUUUGUCAAAGAAUUCAAUGCAUAUAUGGAUGAAGCCGCUGUUGUUCUCUACAUCAUCUUUCCUUCUAUCGAAAAGAUAUUACCGCGCAAAUUCUCUUCGUCCUUGCUAAAUAGUCUUAACGACAGAAUGCAAGACAUGAUCCAAGUCAAAAAGUCGGAUCCUGGCGAAGACAUCAUGUCAUACUUGCUGAAAAGCCCUGAUAUGAGCGAGAAGGAUCUCCGUGACAACAUGUCAAUGCUCAUCUUUGCGGGGCAUGAAACAACCGCAGGCGCUCUUUCGACUCUUGUUUACCAUCUCGCUGACAACCAAGAUAUUCAAAAGGCUGCUCGUGAAGAAGUCCUUCGUGUCCUUGGACCCUCGGCUGACCCUUCCCUCCCUCUCAUGGGCCCCAAAUCGCUGCCUUAUGUAAAUGCAUGUGUCAAGGAGUCCCUCCGAAUCAACCCUCCGGCUUCCUACACCAUUCCUCGCAUCUCCCCGGAGAGCAUAUCGUUGGGUAAAUACCAUAUUCCCCCCAACACCCCAAUUACGCCGAACCUCUAUGCGAUGCACCAUAACGAGACAGUAUGGAGUGAUCCACAUGUGUUCAGGCCAGAGAGGUUUCUAGAAGACGAGAGUUCGGAGUUGAAGAACGCCUGGAUCCCAUUUUCUAGUGGCCCGCGACAGUGUCCAGCCAAGAACUUUGUCAUGUACGAGGUGCGCACACUGGCUGCUAUGUUACUGAGGGAAUACGAAUGGAAAUUUCCCGAGGACUCGGUCCAUCGAGGCGGGGUUAAGAAUGGGUUUUCGACAUUUGCUCUGACAAUUCCCUAUAAACUCGAUAUCAUCUUUUCAAAACGAGGGCAGGAAUGA